AUGUCCCGACAGGAGUUUUCACAAAAGUGCUGGAUCAAUAAAUUAUUUUUAUUUGUGGCUGCAAUUCGGAGAACGUCGUUCAGCAUCUGGGAUGGAACACAAACCAACACACAGCACGUCGGAGAAAGCGGACAAUUCGUUCUUGAACUUCCGGAUAGAUGGAGCGCCUACAUUGGAAGCAACAUCAUUUUCGGCCAAUCAAACGAAUUUCGGAUGAUGUACGUUGCAAAGAAUGAGGACACAGAAAUAUCAGAGCCAAAACAGACGGAGCAAACUCUACGGAAACGGCCCCAAAAGCAGAAGCACUUGGAGCAUAUGAUGUGUAUUACUUCGUAA